GCCCAAUCAAAUUAAAAAAAACACACUCCUCUCUCACUCUCUUUCAUCAUCACAAUCCCAUCGUCAACCAAAAAAGGAAAAGAAAAAAAAAAAAAAGCAGUUAACUCGAAAAGCCUGCACAGUGCAGAAACCACGAUCGAUUACCAUGGACGAAGAAGAAGAGCAGCAGAAGCUUCCAGAUCUGGUCAAGGAACUCGUCCACCGUCUCCUCCGCCACAAUCUCCCCGCCGACUCACCACCACUAAACCCUAACUCCCCGGAAUUUCAAAAACCCCUCCGCUACGCCCUCCGCAUCCUCUCCAGCCGCCUCAACCCCUCUCUCUCCGCCCCCGACGCCGCCGCCGUCGCCGAACAAAUCAAACGCCGUCUCGCCACUCACGGCCGCUCCGCCGACGCACUCUCGUUCGCCGACUUAUACUCCAAGUUCGCCGCCAGAGCCACCACUGUUAACAACAAAUGGGCCCUGCUCUACCUCCUCGAGAUCCUCGCAGAAGAUCGCAAGGCACUGGCUCAGACCCAGUUCCAUCCCUCCCUCAUUCUUCCCUCCCUCCCAAUCCCUCCCAACCACCACCACGAGGGACCCAACGACGGCGUUUUGCUCCUCGCUAAGGAUCCAGAGAAUCGCCGCGACAUCGCGUUUCGCGAGUUUGUGAAUUUGGUCAGGGAGGAAAAUGAGGUCUCCGAGGAGGCUCUGGUGAAAGACGUGCUCUAUGCCUGCCAAGGGGUUGAAGGUAAAUACGUGAAAUUCGAUGUUGUCAACAAUUGUUACGCUUUAUUGGAUUCGAUUAGGGUCACUAGGGCCACUAGGAGCAUGGUUCAUAAGCUUAGUGAACUAGGAGGGUUGUUUAAGAAGGUUACUGGGUAUAUAUGGCAGAGUAUGGAUCGGUUUCCGGCCGAAGAUGUUGGAACAGUUGGGCAGGCUUUUUGUUCUGCUUUGCAGGAUGAGCUGAGUGAGUACUAUAAGCUUUUGGCGGUGCUUGAGGCUCAGUCUUCGAACCCGAUUCCUUUGGUUUCUGAAUCGGCGAGCUCCGGGAACUAUCUUUCUCUGAGGAGAUUGGCGGUUUGGCUUGCGGAGCCAAUGGUGAAGAUGAGGCUUAUGAGUGAUUUGGUUGAUAAAUGUAAGAUUUUGCGCGGUGGGGCGAUGGCUGGUGCGAUUCACCUGCACGCGCAGCAUGGUGAUCCGUUGGUUCAUGAGUUCAUGAAGAGGCUGCUGCAGCGUGUUUGUUCUCCGUUGUUUGAGAUGGUGAGGAGAUGGGUUUUGGAAGGGGAGUUGGAAGAUAUCUUUGCUGAGUUUUUCAUUGUUGGGCAGCCUGUGAAGGCUGAGUCCCUUUGGAGAGAAGGGUAUAGGCUCCAUGAGGUGAUGCUUCCCUCGUUCAUUCCGUCUUCGCUUGCUCAGAGGAUCUUGAGGACUGGGAAGUCCAUUAAUUUCCUUCGUGUUUGCUGUGAGGAUCGCGGCUGGGCUGAUGCUGCAAAUGAAGUUGCCACUGAUACAGGGGCCACCGCGAGAAGGGGUGGUUUUGGUUAUGGUGAGACUGAUACCCUUGAGUCGUUGGUGGAUGAAGCUGCUAAAAGAAUUGACAAGCAUCUGUUAGAUGUGAUUUACACGAGAUACAAAUUCAAAGAUCACUGCCUUGCAAUUAAGCGGUAUUUGUUGCUCGGCCAGGGUGAUUUUGUGCAAUAUCUGAUGGAUAUUGUUGGGCCUGAGCUUUCCGAGCCAGCUAACACUAUAAGCUCUUUCAAACUUGCGGGAUUGCUGGAAACUGCAAUUCGGGCAUCUAAUGCUCAGUAUGAUGAUCCUGACAUUUUGGAUAGGCUAAGGGUCAAAAUGAUGCCACAUGAAAGUGGAGACAGGGGCUGGGAUGUGUUUUCACUUGAAUAUGAUGCAAGUGUUCCACUAGAUACUGUGUUCACAGAGUCUGUAAUGGCAAAGUAUCUAAGAAUUUUUAAUUUUCUGUGGAAGCUUAAAAGAGUGGAACAUGCACUUAUUGGUGCCUGGAAAACCAUGAAACCAAACGGUAUUACUUCUAGUUCCUAUACCAGAUUGCAACAUGCAGUAAAGAUGCAGUUAGUUUCAACAUUGAGGCGCUGCCAGGUUCUUUGGGUUGAAAUUAAUCACUUUAUUUCAAACUUGCAAUACUAUAUUAUGUUUGAAGUCUUGGAGGUAUCAUGGUCAGAUUUGUUAAGUGAGAUGGAAGUAGCCAAGGAUCUUGAUGAUCUACUUGCAGCUCACGAGAAAUAUCUGCAUUCAAUUGUAGAGAAAUCUCUCCUUGGAGAGCUUUCCCAAUCCCUUUACAAGUCACUAUUGGUAAUAUUUGACCUUAUAUUACGUUUUCGCAGCCAUGCGGAUCGGUUGUAUGAAGGUAUUCAUGAAUUGCAAGCAAGAAUCACAGAAUCCUCCCGAUCCUCUCGAGACCAGAAAAAAUCACGAAAGCAGCUAAAUGAUGAGUCUGGGGAACAAGGAUCCUGGAUUGCUGAUGGGAGAAAAGCCCUAACACAACGUGCUGGUGAAUUUCUUCGAAAUAUGGAACAAGAUCUGGAUGCAAUUGCUACGGAUUACUCAUCAUUGCAAGAGGAAUUCAUUUCCCAGUUGCCUGUACAGCAGCAUGUUGAUCUAAAGUUUCUCUUUUUCCGUCUUGACUUCAAUGAGUUUUAUGGGCGGUUGAGUCCUAGCAUGUAGGAGAUUUGUGAAUAAGACUGAGGGCGAGGUUGAAGCAUUGUUUCUUCAAGAAGAUAACACAUUAACAAAGAUUUGCAACUUCCUGACUUCCAUUGUGUGUUUGCGUGGAACAAGUCUAUUGGUGCUCACUUCCUUCAGACCAAACAUUCUAUAGGUCAUUGUUUGACAGUGGUCAUUUUUUAUGGUCUGCAAGGUAGUUUGUCGCGGAUGUAAAGCUAUUAAUAUUCUGAUUGGAUGCAGAUGUGAGUGAUACACACUGAUAGGAAUGACUGUUGAGUUGGCAAUAAAUGCUGCUAAUAUAUAGUAACGUGGUUCACCUCUGUUCUUUACCUGUUUGGUUUCGCGUUUCUGAAAACGCAUCAACGCAUUUCGGCUCCAAAACGGCGUUGAACGAGAAGCGAGAAAUCGGAGCGGUGGCGUUUGACGUUUGCGUUGGACCGUUGCUGGCAAGCACCAAAUCACCAGAUCUGUGCGGCUCUGGUUCAGAUCUGUUCGCUUGCUCUGUUUCUUUGUUCAUUUUCCAUCUUAUUUUGGUCCGUCAAGUUUUUUUCAACAUCAUCCGUUGGAGAGGAAGAUUGGCUCACCAAUUUGCAAUAUUCAAUGCAUAAAAUUGGUGGGUGUCAAGAACAGAGCUUCUCCGUGGACUAUAGUUCCUCUGCUACAUGUUGUUGUUAGGUCGUGUUACUAUUGUUUUGUGUCUUUAUCCUCUGUUUUUCUAUGUUUUCGUUUUUCCUCUUUGUAUAUGGUUAACUUUUGGGUGGCUUAUCAAAAUAACCAAAUUGCAAUAUUCAAAA